AUGGCACCUGGAGGUCGGGAUGCUGGGUCCAGCGGCAACGCUGUUGGAUCUGCAUUCUCUAGGUUUUGGAAGCGAACUCAUGCACCAGACUAUCUUGGCUUUGCAAUCCUUCUCGGUGGUUGGAUUACGAUGCUUAUCUUCAUCGAGCCCUUCCACCGCAUGUUCUUCAUCAACGACCUUCGCAUCUCGUAUCCGCAUGCGGAAGUCGAGCGUGUUCCCGUGUAUAUGAAUUUUGUUUAUGCUUUGUUCGUGCCGUUGGGUAUCUUAAUCAUUUACAAUCUUAUGACUAAGGCUUCACCUCAUAAGCAUGAGGUUACAUACCUGAGCCUGGCCAUCUCCGUCAUCAUGACUACUUUCAUAACAGACCUUGUCAAGAAUGCAGUCGGCCGACCGAGACCCGAUCUCUUGGCUCGUUGCAAGCCCGCUGCCGGCACAAAACCCAAUGUUCUUGUCACCGUCGACGUCUGCACUGAAACGGCUCACCACCUCCUCCAUGACGGCUGGCGGUCGUUCCCCUCCGGGCACUCGUCCUUUUCCUUCGCGGGACUGGGUUUCCUCAGCAUCUUCCUCGCCGGCCAGCUACACAUCUUCCGUCACAACAGCGGGGGCCGGGACCUGAGCAGGGCGCUGAUCUGCCUAAUUCCUCUAUUGGGUGCUGGCUUGAUCGCCAUCAGUCGGUGCGAGGACUAUAGACAUGAUGUUUAUGAUGUCUGCGUGGGAUCUCUAUUGGGUUGGGUGAUUGCAUAUUGGAGCUAUCGACGACACUGGCCGAAGCUAACGGCGAAGGAGUGUGAUGAGCCCCAUCCCUACCCGGGCUCUGAUCCAAGGGCGGGCUGGAAUCGUCUGCGAGAUGAGGAGACUGGGGAUUCGCGACUCGACGAUCCUUAG